CAGAUUCGGAAAAUACUUUUAAUUGACAGCACUGUGUAUUUUAUUCUUAACAAACAUUUGACAGAACAAUUUUCAGAGCAUCACCAUGCAUUUAGAGUACAGAGAUACUGUGAACUGAGUGAACUUGUUACAGCAACCAGUUUGAGGUUCUACAGGCCUUUUGGUCUGCAGAGUUGAUAUUGGUCAGAUGAUGGUGAAUAUAUUGUACCCUCGUUUGUGAUGGUUUAAUUUUUGUUAAAUAAAAGUUAAAACUAUUUAGUGUGGACCUAUAUAAACACUGAAAACACAGAGUGUGAAUUUAACACUAAAAUUUGCUGUAUAUGAGCAAACGGAAGAGUAGCUGGAUUUAAAUGAGGGUGCAGGUCUCGCUUGUGUAGCUGCUAAAACCACAAAGAAUUCAAAAUUCACCACCAACAAAAAACAAAACAAAAAAAGGUGGUGUAAUACAGUCACAAAGUGGUAAGGAAAACCACAUGAUAAGGAAAACCACAAUUAGACAUGGUUUAAGUCUACAGCAUAAGGGCCUACUGAGCUAAAAGUACUAUUUCCUGUAGGCGUGCUGCAGUUGAGAACCCCUUACAGAUAAACUAGAGAUCUACCUAAAGUUCAUUCUUCACCCUUCAGUCCUGCUUCAUAGAUCACACCACUAGCCUUUGAGAAAAGUUUUACAGCUUAAACGUGCAUCGGUCUGUUGUUCUGAGAAAACACCAUGAAGUCGCCUUUAAUCCCUGACAUUGCUGUGAUUGUUUCCCUGCUGACGCUGCAGUGCCAAGCCUUUAUCAUCAGAGAAAUCAUAGUGAAUGAACCGCUGACCCUCCCGUGUACCUGCCCUGGAAACUGUUCAGUGGUUCAGUGGACCCGCUUCAUUCCCAGCAAAGCCCUCAUUGCUGAAAUCCGGACGUGUCACAGUGAACAGCAUUGUCAGGAAAGAUUUGCAGUGUCAGGAGAUACCAGCAGAGGAAAUUUCUCCCUGACGAUCAGUUCAGUAGCCUACAAUGAUGCUGGCUCCUACAGGUGCAGCUGUAAUGGAACAUCCGUUACUGAAGUAAAACUGAAAGUUUUUGUUCCGACAGUCGUAAAGGCUUUCGAGGGGGAGAACGUCACCCUGCCGUGCUACGGAGACACUCAGAAAGACGUUAAAGAUGUAAAAUGGAAGAAAGCUGGACAAAAGGUUCUGCUGUACACUCAUGCAAACAGAUCAGUGACUACUGAUGAAGCAUCAGAAAGCAGAUUUCUGAUGUCAGUAGAAGGCUUUCUAGAUGGUGAUCUCUCUCUUCACAUCAGUUCAGUUCACCUGUCUGAUGCAGGAUUAUAUCGGUGUCUCAUCCGUGAUGAAUCUCAGGACGGAGAACCACGAGCUGUUUUACUGAAGGUAGAAGGGCUACAACAAUUAACAACCACCAACAGCAAUGAAGUUACAGUACUGCGUGUGCUGCUGGGAUUGAUCAUCUUUGUAGACAUCAUCAGACUGAUCGUUUGCAUUGUGAGAAGCAAAUCCAGCACUACAGGACAGCACUCUAGAUCUAGAUCUAGAUCGGGACCAGACGAGCUAGCCUUCACUCCCCAUGCGCAUCAGUGAGCCUUGGACGCUCAUGACCCUGUCGCUGGUUCACCGGUUGUCCUUCCUUGGACCACUUUUGGUAGGUACUAACCACUGCAUACUGAGAACACCCCCACAAGACCUGCUGUUUUGUAGAUGCUCUGACCCAGUCGUCUAGCCAUCACAAUUUGCCCUUGUCAAAGUCUCUCAGAUCCGUAUGCUUGCCCAUUUUUCCUGCUUCCAACACAUCAACUUCGAGAACUGACUGUUCACUUGCUGCCUGAUAUAUCCCACCCCCUGACAGGUGCCGUUGUAACGAGAUAAUCAAUUUUAUUCACCUCUCGGUGGUUUUAAUGUUAUGGCUGAAUGGUGUGCUCUGUUGUUCUGUGUAUUUAUUGUCCUGCACUCGUCUCGCACUGUUUUGUAUUUGCACUUUAUGUAGUCUUAUGUAUUGUUACGUUUUGCACCACAGUCCUGGAGAAGUGACAUUUUGUUCCAGUGUAUAAAAGCUAUAUAAAGAAAUGGCAAUAAAAACCCACUUGACUUGAACUGUUGUGUUUUUUUUUUGUCUGCAAAAGUUUGAAUACCUCUGCUAUAAAAUAAUGCUUUAUGGAAUAAGAAUAUUCUUUAUUCUUCCAAAUAUAAUACUUAUGUUGUUACAAACUGAUUAAAAAAAAAGAAUCUCAUCAAGUACAAACAAGCUAACCUAUCUUUACAAAACCUUUGAAUAAAUGACGCAUCUUUAUAUUGCUUUUUGUUUUAAGAUGUGCCAAACUGUGUUAAUGUACUGUAAACAAGUUUAGCCAUUAUAUUGUUAUAAGAUUUAUCAUAAAUUAUAUGCAUGUGUGUACAUGCUGUAUCUUAAUGAGUUUUUAGGUUACAAAUUGUUUGUCAGAUUGUCCACUGUUGCCAUAUCAUCAUCAUCAUCAUCAUCAUCAUCAUCUUCCUACUUGCCCUACAGAGACCUGAGCUGCCGCUUGAUGUUUCGUAUUGUCACAAAGCGUCAAACACGGUGUCGUGAAGCGUGCCACCCCAGCGAAGAUGGCGGCUGAGCUGCAUCCGUGCAGAGGAAAACUCAUCAGGCUGUUGAUGAGUUCACCAACUUGAAUUGCAUGGCGCAAUCAAAAUGUUCAGUUAUUAAAAUAAAAAUAAAAUUUAUAACAUUUUAAAAAACUGUUUAAGCCAAUGUGAUGCCACAAUGUGAUGUUUUAGCUACAUUGCUAAUUUAAACUAUAAGCAAAUAAAGUAAAUGUUUACUGUUUGGAAGGUUGAACGAUGAAAAAAAUAUUGUCGAUAUUUAAGGAUACCGCGGUAUAGGAUAUGUCACAUUAUUUAAUUUG